UUCUCUUUAAUGAAAGGUGAAACAUUCACAAAGGUGUAUUCGUCUUUUCUGAUGCUUUAUCCUUCAUUUGAUAACAUUAUUUAUACAUGUGCCAGCCACUCUUCCAUAAAAGACUCACCAGUAUCAAAUUUUCAAGUUCCUAUUGUUAUUAAAAUUAAAAUAAAGACUUGAAUAAAAAGUUGAAAUUACUUUUUUAUCUGAAUUUGGACCAUUUCGGGCUUUAUAGGUUACGGGCCAGACAAAAGCUAUAGUUGGUCCAGUUCACACAUGUGGUUACUUUGAAGUAUGAAGCAGCGUUGCCUCCCUCCUCGCAAAUGGCGCGACAUUGUUAUUCUUUCUUUGGCAGUCUCAAAGUAGUUGUUUAAACUUGGAAAGGACAAUGAGUUCGAUUUUGGGACUAGCACCAACAGUUAUAACACAGUGCCACGUGUCUUAAGCCACUCGGGCGGCAUUAUUAAUCGAUAACGUUUCCACUUCCAUCUCUCCUAUUUAUAAACCCAUUCCAACUCCAUUUUCCCAUAUCACCUCUAAAAACCUUUUGGUUUGAGAAAGAAUGUCGAACUCUGGUGACAAACAAGACGCUGAGAACAGAAAUCAAAACCUCCCAUCAUACGUCAAGAAUCCAACACCUGGAAUCAAAGAUGUUGAUAUGAUUCUAGGUGAACCCUCUUCUUCUACAGUGUCCACCAACCGUAACUACACUGCCUUUGAGUUGAGUCUCGAGCGUGGAAAGAAUGCUGACGUGGCGAGUGCAGACCAAGCAGCUAUUUAUUACAUCGGAGGGAUCUGUUGCUUAAUGCCCGAAGUAACGGAUGAUGUCCUUGAAGGGUUUCGUCAAAAAGGUUGGAGAGUUCGUAUCGUAAGAGUUCCUGAAUCAGAUGACGUGGCCAUCUCACGCCAGAAGAAGGCGAACGCGUACUUUGGUUGGCUGGUGACCAUGCUUUACAAGAAUACAAACGAAGGCCUCGCCAACGUGAUUACUGAUCCUGAUUUCAAAGCGCCUUUUGACGUAGCUGGUUAUGUUCCUCUGAGAGGUGAGGCAGCAUAUGUUCUGUCACUCUUCGAUUAUUUGAAACUCCCUUGCUACUUGGGCCAUGCUCAGCUAGGACGUAUCAAAGAAUCAGUCCUGAAGGGUAUUCUCAACCAUAAGAAAGACGGUGGUUCUUUUGGUGACGUGUGCUCUUAUGUUUCCAAAGCCCUCUCUUGGAAAUAUAUGACAGGGUUUUAUAAUGUCUACAAGACCCUUGUGCUUUCUGAUUCCCCUGUUCUUAAGUUUCAUGGAUUAGCGCAUGAAAUUGAAAAUCUGCAUAGGGCGGUUAAAGCAGUUUCUGGCUCUGAGAUGCCUCGUUUUUUUAGGAUCUUGGUGGAUGGUUCUAAAUACCAUUUGGUUGACAGAAGAAUGUUCCCUACGCUCGUUGCUGUUUCCGAGCAGAUUAUGAGGACUGCCGGUGGUUCCAGGUUGUCUGAUGAAGACUUUCUUGUCGCUAUGCAUAGGAACCAGUUUGUGGAUGCGGUUAAGGCGCAUGAGUUGCAAUUCGUGAACGACCGUCGUUAGGGUGAUGAAGGUUGAGUUAGUGUGUCUGGUGAUCAGAAGUAAUAAGGAUCUUACAAUGUCCAUGGUUUUACUUUUUUUUUCAUUUGGUUCAGUCUUUAUGAGGAUGUUUUUAGGGCAAGUCUUUUGUUAUCCAUGUUUUGUGUUGUUUCGUUUUAUGGUUUAAUGUAGUCUGUUUUCUUGAUCAGACCAAGUAACAGUAUAACAUUUAAGAGAACAUGCUAAGCAACUUAACUACUAAAUCCUUGACAGUCUGUGUUUCUAUUUCCACUGUCUGUUCCCAACCUUUCCCAAAGAACAAAUUCGAAGAAAAGACAACGGAUGUUUCAGCCAAGAUAACAAGAGUUUAAUUCUUUUACAAAAAAAAAGGUGUGUAGUUUUCACAAGAAAGAGAAAAUGUUAAACUAUCAUUUGAAUAGAAGAAAGAAACAACGUGAAACAAAUCCCAAUAUAAAUAUCCACGUGAAAUGUAAAAAUACACUAAAAUUACACCAAGCUUUGCUAGAUUUUCUCUAGUAUUGUCUAAUAGUAAUAUUCUGUGUAAAAAGACUGAAUGUUUGUCCAAAACAGCACAAAAUAAUAAAAGAAAGAAGCCAACACAUUUGCACAAAGAGCAGAGUCCAACAAGGUAA